CAGGCAAGGCGCAAGCACGCGGCCUCAUCGCACGAGCCCGAAGCCAAACGGGAGUCACGCCCAUCCGGCGGAGGCAUCCGCUCAACCCACCGACCACCGCGGCGCGGCCACUCGUCGCCGUCGACGUGAGGGCUCGGGGGCCUUGCGGCACGGGAUCCCCGCAUACGAUGGCGGCGGCGACGGAAGAGCAGCCGCGAAUCACGGGACCCGUCCCUCAAGUGGAGGGGGAGGGGGAAGAGGCCGAUGAGGCCACCGAGGGGGGACGACGGCGAGACGGCGACGACGAGAUCCUGAGGUUCAUGGACUCUGUGGACGGCUACCUCCUCCUCAUGGACUCCCUCUCCUCCGCUCUCCGCCAGGGGUGGCUUGAUCUGGCGAGUGCCCGGCACUCGAUGGGUACAUCGCGUGUUUCAAGCACACUCUUUGACCACAAAGAGCAAUCUGCAGCCACUAAGCUGCAAGUCGUUGAUCCUGCAGACUCGCUAUCGUCAGAGCCAAACCCACAUUUUAUUCUGUCGAAGUGGUGCUUGCAAGAAAAUUCCAACUCCGAUGACGCUGUUGGUGUGAAGGAUGCUACUAAACCAAAAUUAAGGUACCGAGGGUCCGCCACAACACCAGAAGAUGGUAGCCAUGAAUCGGACACUCUGGCAGAGUCUUCUACUGGUGUGGACACCAGCAGUCAUGUUCAAAAGGCGAGAUCAAAAGCACUAUCGAUCUUUGGGGCACUGGUAUCUCCAAAACUACGAACAGCCCAGACUUCCUUUGAAACAGCACUUGAAUUAAUUGUCGAGUUAGCAAAUUCAAGAUCAAACAUGUUAUCUAGUUUCACACAGAUAAAGGGCGAGUGACUGGUGUUUCCCUUUAUCCAUCCAACACAUCAUGGUCAGAAACGCUUCUUUGGUGCUGUCUGUUGUUGGCCAACUAGUUAACCACGGUAAUCAGGAUACCCGAUUUUCACUAUGUACAAGACCGAGUAGUGUAGAUCUGUCGAAUGAAAAUUUUCGUGCUUCGCUGAGGUGCCGGAGCUAACGAGCAACCGAAACACUGUAGUGUUUUGUUUUUCUCAGGUUACUUUUUACAAGCAUCAGUUUCUGUAGAAAACCGUAUUUAGAUGUUGAGAUGUUGAUAUGAAUGGAAAUGUCUCUGGUGACAAACACCACUUCUUU